AUGGCUACCCCCAACAAUCGGGCACCGAGCGAGGAAGGGGAAGUCCCAGAUGCGUCGCCCGCGAGGGGAAGGGGCAGCGGAGAUGCUAUUCCGAACCAUGGAUCGGCCGGGGGCUCGGGAGCGAGCGCCCUCUCACCGUCUGCGGCGGUCGGGGCCGGGGCCGCCACGCCCAACGGCACGGACAACAGUGGCGGCGGCGCCGGAGGCGCCGGCGGUCGGGACGUGCGCCGCUCCUUUCAGCAGCGCGACGGAAGCAGCGGCGGUGAUCUGAGGGAUCCGGACGGGGGCGGAGAGCAGCACCUGGAACUGCGGCAGCCGCGGGAGCGAGGACGCUCGCGCGAUCGCGACCCGGACUUUUCAAGCCAUGGCGGCGGUGGCGGCGGCGCUCAUCCCGGCUUUGGCGGCGGCACCUUCGGCAGCCGAUUCCACCCGAGGGCCGGCAGCGGAUCUUACCGGUCCGGCGAUGGAGCUGUCGGCGGCCGUAUGGUCGGCCGCAGGGGGGGCGGCAUGAUGGGCGGGCGGGGUGGCUGGAUCCCCGGCGGGGGUCGAGGCGGCGGCUCGCGGGGCGGGCGGGCGGGAUCGCGGUGGCCUUCGGGUCGAGGAGGAGGAGCGCCCAUGGGUAGCAGCUACGCCGAUUUAGCGGUACGUCCCGGUGUCAGCAGCGCUGCCGGCGGCGGUGGCAGCGGAGGAGGAAGCGCUGCCGGUGCGGCGGUGACGGGCGGGGCGCGUGGAGGCGGGUACGCUGACUACGCGACAAGAGCGGUCGGCGGCGGCGGCGGCGGCAGCGAUGACCGCCACAGAAGACAUUCUCCUUCCGGUCCCCCCCCGGCUCAGGAUGAACAAGCGCGCCGCCGCGGGAGCGGUGGCGGCGGUGAUAACGGAGAUGACGACAGAGAUAGGCGGCGGCGAAGCCAUAGCGGCGGCAGCGUGAACAGCGGCAGGAGGUCUUCGGCUUCGGCGUUGAGCAGCCUCGCCGGAGGUGGCGGGGGGCGGAGCUCGACCAGCCCCGGCGCCGGCGAGAGGCGGACAUCUUCACUCGCUCUAGAUAGCGGGGGCCCCGCCUCGCGCUGCGGGCACGACGGGAGGGGUGGCAGUGGCGGCGGCGGCGGCGGCGGCGGCGGGAAGGGUUCGUUCGGGCGACGCGAGGACAGUGGCCGGAGCUUUGGCGGGGACGCGGAGGGAGGGGCAAGGGGUUCGUCGGGGUGGGGAGAGCGGCGAAGCGAUCGGGACAGAAGAGGCGCUGACUACCGGGACGGGGCUGGGAACCCGGCGUCGUCGUCGGCUGCUGCCUCGGCUCGGUUCCCGGACAGUGGUGGCCCUUCUCAAGACAGCAAGUCCCCUCCGCCGGGGACGGCGGGGGCACGCAACACCGGGAGGUCCUCUCCCGCUGUCCCGUCAUCUUCGGGCUCGACGUUCCCUCACCAACACCAGCAGCAGCAGCCCCGGGGUGCGACGGCAGCAAGCGGCGAUUUUGGCGGCGGAAGCACGUAUCAAAGGCACGGCAGCAGCGGCUUCGGAAGAGGUAGUCCCGACAGCGGAGCAGCAAGACCAACGGACGAGCUUGAAGCGGGGGAGGGAGCAGGCGGCCGCUCGUGGCGCGUCGCGGAGUCUUCGACGCCUCCGCCGCCGCCGCUCCGCCUUACGAACCCGGAGGCGUUUAAGGGGGGGGGCGGGGAUGACGCCGGAGCGGGGUGGGGAGAGGACGGCAGUCACCAUUCCACGGCGGCGACGGACGCUGCGGUGAAUGAGCCCGGACAGCCAGCGGUUGCGGCGGGGGGGCAGUCGAGGCCAGUGCCGAGGCGGCUGUCAGGCCUUGCGGCGAUCAUCGCUGCCCGCUCGGAGGACUCGCCCGAGAAGCCGGACGGCACGGACGCUUUCGACCUGGGAGGCAGCGAUGGCAACCCCGCCCCUUCCCCUUCUUCCGUGGGAGGGACGACGACGACCCCCUCCGGCAGCGCGCUCGGCGUCGGCGGUAGCUUCGGCUGGAAGUUCGCCUCCUCCUCCUCCUCCUCCGCCACCGCGAAAGCCUCCUCGGCCUCCUCGCCUGGAAAUCCGAUGGACGUGGACGUCGGUGGUGGCGUGCGAGCCUCUGGAAUCGCUACAACAAAGAACGGGCUGGAUUCGCCAAUUCCCUCUUCUGUGCUACCGCAAGCUUCUUUUGCCGGUUCGGCGGACUCGACUGCAGCGGCGGCGUUGUCAUCAGUAAGCGGGAGUAAGAUGUCGACGGGUGCCGCGGUGGUGCCAGCGUCGGGUGGAGCAUGGUCGAGAGUCGCAAACGCCGCCUCCCCGGAGAUGGACAAUGCAGGAGGGAAGACUGUUUCGACAGGCGGCGCCAAGGGUUCGCCACCGACCCCGUCCGUGGUCGGCGCUGGCGGCUCGACGCCUGCCGCUGCGGGCGGUAAACCCCGCUUGGACUGGGGCAUGGGAGCCGUUUCUGCGGGCUUCGUGCCCUCUUAUUCCGCGGAGGCGGCGUCCUCCCCCCAGACGACGUCCGCGGUGGCGGUGUUAGCUGGAGAAUCGCCGGGGACUCCGGCACCAGCGGCGGUGGGCGGUGGAACAGCGGACGCGGCACCCGCCCAACCGCCUACUCUGCAGAAGAGGGGCUCUAGGAGGCUAGGCUGGGGCAUGGGUAUCGGGUCCAAGCUGUCGGCGGACGAGAAGGCCACCGAAGCGGCAGCAGCGCUAGCGGCCGAAAAGGCGGCAGCGGAGAAGGCGGAGGCCGACAAGGCCGCUGCUGCAAAGAAGGCGGAGGAGGAGGCUGCUGCUGCAAAGAAGGCGGCGGCGGCGGCCCCACCGAAGGCGCUAGAGGUUGCUUCUGCCGACCAGAGCAACGCAACGGUUGAGGUCGGCGAUGCUGCCACCGCCGGUGCUGUGCAAGACGGCGCUGUUGAAAAGUCUGCUUCUGCAAAAAAGCCUGCCACUGCUUCUGCUGCUGGGGAAGAAGACUCGAGUGCCAGAGGCGCAUCCGCCGAUGGCGCCGCUGCUGCGUCUUUGCCACCCUCGUCUUCCAGCAGCGCAGUUGAUCAAACGGCAGCGGCAAACCCGCCAGCGCCGGUGGCGACGGGAGCACCGCCGAAGACGCCCGGCGAAGGAGCGGGCCGGCGGAAGAAGGAAGGCAGCGCGGCGCCGGCGAGUGCGGGUAGUGCUGGAAGAUUGAAGCGGAGGCCGCCGCAGCAGCCGCGAGUCGAAGACGUUGCCAGCGGUGGAAGUAAGGGAACAGCAACAUCGCCCGCCUUGUCGCCCCCCGCGGCAGGUGUCUCUCCGCGGACGAUAUCGUCGUCAACGCCGCCCUCGGCUGAUGCCACCACCGGCGGCGCUCGAAAGGCCAUGAAAGAGUUCGGCAACACUGCGAACAGUGCUGUCGACGGCGGCGGCGGCGGCGGCGGCGGCGGCGGCGGUGGCGGUGGCGGCGGUAGCAGACGGCGGGAAAGAGGCAGUGGGGAGAUAAGGGUGGGGGGGAAGGAGCAACAACGGAUGAAGCGAGCGGGCUCUGAUUCCGGCAAGAAGGUCAAGGAAGGGUUGGCGCCAGGGCCGCAGAAGCGUCCGUCGAGCGAUGGGAUCGUGGAGGGCUCCCCGAACAAGACCGGAACAACAGCACAAGCAACAGCGGCAGCAGCAGCAGGUGGAUCUCCGAAAAACCCGCAGCCUCCGGCACCGUGCCCGCGGAAGCGCGAAAACGACGGCCCCGCCGCCGCCGCCUCGGCCCCCGCCACCGCUGCGGCCGCCGCCGGUGGGUCCUCGAAAGAUCAGCGCCGGAGAGAACGGGAGCGGCUGAUGUACAUGUCGGAGCGGCGCAACAAGAAGAGCGGAGGGGGGGGCGGCGCUGGGGGCAGCGAGGACCAUGCGAUGGUCGACGUCGAUCUGAAGCUGGUGGGGGAGGAACCUGCGAGGCGUGGAGGGGAUGGCACGGUUUCAGCACCAAACGGCGGUCACCACGGCAGGGAAAAACGCCCCCGUCGUAGCGCCGAUGCCGCGGAUUCGGCAGUGAAGACACCCGAGGUGCCGCCGGUGGCCCCCACCUCGAAGGAGGGGCAACCGAAGGCUGCAGAUGGCGGUAGCGCUCCGACGACAGCAGCGGCCGCAGCGGCCGCCGGCGGAGCAGGAGCAGGCGCAGCAGGCGGCGGCCGCUCGAAAGAGACGAGCAACGCAGCAGCGCGGCAGUGCCACCCAUCGAGGAAGGAGCUCCGGCGACUCACGUCCGGAACAGAGGUCGAGGAGCGGCGGACGCUUGCCGCCCUGCGCGACCUAGAGGCUUGUCUGGAGGAAGGCAGGAUAGCUGCUGCUACUGCCGCAAGUACACCGGUGGCAGAGGCGGAGAAGGCUCCAGUCGUCGCCGACGCGAGCGCGUCACAAGCAAAGAGCAGCGGGGAAGCGAACAACCCCGGCACGGAGAAGACCAUCGCUAGCAGAAGCAGCGCCAACAACGACGGCGGAACCCUCACGCCUGCCGUCGCGGCCGCCGCAGCGGCCGCCGUUGCUGCCCUCCCAGCGGAGCUUGCGACGGCGUUGGGGCUCGCGGAAGGCGACGGCAAGCGGAGUGAAGGCGGCGGCAGCGACCAGCCGGCGGUCGCCGGCGGCGACCGUGUCGGGGUGGACCACGAGGGCAGGAAUGGCUUCUCUCCUCCGCACGUGGACCUCGUCCGGCAAGCGAGAGCGUCCGUGGAGUUCCGUGUGGCUCGCCGGAGGUACAAGGGAGAGCUGGAGAACGCAGCUGCUGCCGCGGCCGCGCUUGCCUGCGGCGGUACCCCAGACCCUCCUGUAGGGAAAGCGGCGGGGGCAGCGGUGGCGGUGGCGGCGGCGGCGGCGGCGGCGACACGUAGUGAGCAUGGCGGGCCAGACGAAUCAUCAGCCAAAGGUCUUCCCGGACCGUCUCAGUCACCGCCUGGCGUCGUGACGACUGAACGCGCGGGGGCAUCACCCGGCUCCAAAGCCGCGGCCGCUUCCGCUCCCGCCAGGAAAGGGCCGAGCGGCCUCCGCACUCGGGUGCCCACCGGCGCGCCGGUGUCCCACCUCUUCCGCGCCCGGGUGGACGCGGCGCCGGGGGGGGUCCCCAAGUCCGGCCGCGACGUGGCGAUCGCCAGGGUCAUGCGGGAGAACCAGCUACGGCGGCGCUGGGAGAAGCUCGGCGACCAGUACGCGGGCCUCCACAACGCCUGGCACGUCGACAUGCUCCGCUGGGAGGAGAAGAUGGAGGAGGAGGAGGCCAAGGAAGCCGCCGCCGCGUCCGGCGGCGCCGGAGAGGGCGACGACGGGGACGCGGCGUGGGGCCCAAGCGGCGGUGGCGGCGGCGGUGGCGGCAGCGGCGGCGGCAUAGGAGGAGGAGGCCACGGCGCCAGUCUCAGGAGCGAGCGCAGGGGGGGGCGGCGGCUUAGCGACGUGGUCCGCUCGGACUACGAAGAGGCCGAGGUGGUGAAGAAGUUCGAGGACAAGCACAAGGAGGAGGAGCGCAUCCGCAAGGGGGCCGUGGAGGUGCCGUCCAUGCUGACCGCGGUGGAGCGGCGGCAGCUGCCGGAGUACCGAGAUUCGUGGAACUCGAGGGGCACGACGGACGGGCUCCCGGCGAGGUGCCGCGGUCUCCCCGCGGACGCGGCGUGCCCGGCCGGGUGCAACUGCCCCGCGGCGGUCGAGGCCGAGCGGAAGCUGUCAAACCUCUGGACGGACGUGGAGAAGUGCAUCUUCCUGGACAAGUUCCUGCACCACCCGAAGAACUUCAUGCGGAUAGCCUCGUUCCUGCCCAGGAAGUCGCCCGAGGACGUGGUUCAGUUCUACUACGACAGCAAGACGUCCAUCGAUUAUAAGACCCUGCUGAAGGAGGCCGUCAACCGCAACAAGGGCUACGCCGGGCAGUGGAACGCCACCUUCAAGGCGAUCCGCAGCGUCGGCGCCAAGGUGUCCAUCGACGAGGACGGCCAACCUUUCUUCCCGGUGCCUCAGCGGGACGACUCCUUCGCGACGGCCGACAUGCACCCGCCCUCGAGGACACGCCCGCUGCUCGACAUCCAGCGCGAGGCCCUGUCCCUUGCGUGCUCCGAGGAGAUCGUUGGGGCGACCGCGGCGGCGGCCAAGACGCAGGUCUCCGAGACGCUGCGGCGCCGUACCGCGGCGGCGGCAGGUAUCCCGCAACAACACCACGAGUCGCCGACGACAGAGAGCUUGGACCUGCUGAGCCCCGCGGAGGUGCAAGCCGCGGCCGCCCGCCUGCCGCCGGCGGCGAUCAACGUGGCGGCUUACCGCCUGUGCAUGCGGUCGUUCCCGCCGCCCGACAACGGCGACGGCGACGGCGACCGAGGCGUCAUCUACGCCGCCCGGGAUGUCGCCACGGCCGCUGGCGGGGCGGGGUCCGGAGCCGGGAGGUUCGACGAGGGUGCGAUCAUGCCGUACCGGUUCUCGGACGCCAGGGUUACCGGGGUUCCCGAUGAGCUGGCGCCGCCACGCUCGGCUUCUGCGGCCGCGGCGGCGGCGGCGGCGGCGGCGGCAGGGGGCGUCGCCGGGGAUGACGUUGACGCUCCUUACGAACCCGAUCGUUUCGGCGGCGGCGGCGGCGUCCGCGCUCUGCACGAUGGCGGCAGAGGGGGCAGAGGAGGGAGGAGGAUGGGCGGGCCGGGGUCGCAAUCAUCAUCGGCGUAUCUGGCGGCGGCGGCAGCACGGGCCGUCGGGGAGGAGGCCAACGACAACGACGACGACGAGUACGGGGAUGCCCUGGGCGGGGCGGGGCGGGGGUUGGGUCGGAGGGGCGGGAUGUCACCGGGAGGGGAAGGAGGGGGCGGCAGGGCGGGUAAGGGGAAGCGGGGGCUGCCCAGGAGGAAGUCCGCGGCCGGCGGGCAGGAGGACGGGGGGGGCGGGGGGAGCACGCCGGGGUCGGCCGCCGGGGCGCAGCAGAGGCCGCCCUCCACCAAGGGGGCCAAGUGGACGGUGGAGGAGAGGGAGGCGUUCUUUAGCAUCCACGACGCGCGGCCUGGGAACAAGGAGUGGGAGCGGUACGCCGAGCUGAUCCACACCAAGACGCCCACGCAGGUCAAGACCUUCUACACGAACUCGAAGAACAAGAACCUGCUCGAGGCUGAGGCGAUCACAGUCCGGAAGGACAACCUUAAUCGAAGGGACAGCACCAUCGUCAAGGAAGCGGCGGUUCACCCAGAGGAGGCGACUAUGAGGAAGGGCGUGGAGGCCAGUACAGAGCGACGGCGGCGGCUGGAGUGGGGGCGGGAGGGGCGGGAGGUACAUCGCCGGAGGAGUACUACGGAAGCAUGA